UUUUGUUGUCCCAAUUGGCAUCAAUUGUACAUUUAUACUAAUUUCUACCACGUAAUUAUAAUUUCCAUCAGUGCCUUAAUCUUAUAUCGUGUGUUGAAAUCCACUCCAAGCAAGCAAAUUCUCCCACAGAGUGAUUUUCUCCUGCAAAAUGAAAAACAGAAAGAAAAUUAGUCUGCCAAAUAAGAAUUUGUUGAAACGUUCAGGUUCGAAUAUCGAAGAAACCAUUUCAAAAACGUCAGCAAAAAAGAAGAUUUUCUCAAGUCUUUCGCUGCACCAAAAUUUGGAUAUUUUCCAACAGUACACCUCUUGUACUAAACCACUUCGCCCUUCCGGAGACGCUGACACUUACUUCAAACAAACUUUAAGAAAUUACGAUUCGAUCGACUUAAAUUUCUUUCGUAAACUAACCAAACGUUUACCGUCAGCAAAAUACUCCAAAUCCUCAGAGGCUUUACGAAAGAAAGGGUCUCCCACUUCCGUAAAACUAAAACCAAGAAGUGCGCGGAAGCAUCUCUACAGAAAAACACCCACCUCCACACGGUCUAGUACCUCAGAAAACAGAGGUCCACUUUUAAAAUCAUCCAUCAAAGUUAUUAAAUCACCCCCUCGCCUUAAGAAAGAAACAGAGGAAGUUGAUGCUGACAUAUUUUACUCCCCAAGUAGUUCCAGAAACUCUGUGUACACAUUAAAGAAUCAUUCACAAAUUAGUAUCAACAACGUUGCAAAAGAAAUCAAGUUAAAGCAAGACGUCGAAGUAGUCGAAGAAUCACCCAAAGACAUGGCGGAAGACGAAUCCGCUGACGAAUUCGACACUACUGUUCCAGAAGGUCCAGAAGCGGGGCCGGAAGCAGGACUCGCAUCUGAACCAACAACUGAACCUCCAACUGAAACUGAAACGGAAGGAGAAGAAGAAGAAGAAGAAGAUGAACUGAAAAAGGUUGAAGAUAUGAUAAAACAAGCUUCUGCAGAACUAGCUGAGGUAACUGAAGAGAACCAACAACUUUUAGGCACUACAGCAGGAGAUACAGAGGAAGGCGUAACAGAGACGGAUGAAGGAGAAGGAGAGGGAGAAGGAGAGACGAAAGCUGCUGGUGAUGGGUCAAUUUUCAAAUUUGAUCCAGCGAUAGAUGCAGCUGUUUUGAAAGAACUAGAGGAAGCAGAACAGCAAGCUAAAUCUACUGCUAAGAUUAUCUACGAACUAAAAAUCCGUGUGACCGAACUUCUGAAAAAAGAAAAGCACACCGAAGCUGAAGCUAAAGAAUUGGAAGAAAAAAAUAGAGAAUUGAAAGCUCAGAUGCUUUUAUUUGAAGAAAAAACUAAAAGAAUUCAGUUUCUGAUUGCUCAGACAAACCUAUUCGAGAAAAUGAUUCCUCCAGAUAGUCCUCUUCAAAUGAGACACAACGAAGACGUUUUGCCCAAAGUGAUUGUUUGCGGAAUGACGGAGCACAAUAUUCCCAAGUUGAUUCUCUGUGACGAGAAAAAGAAGAAAAGCGGUUCUUCGCCGCGUCCACCGUGUUCUCCAGGUUACAAUAAGGCCCCCCAAGAAGUUAAUAUACCCAUGUCGGUGGUGCCAAAAUUUGCUAAAAGAUUAAGCGACAGUUACACCAUGCAAGAGAGACUGGCAGCUGAAAAUGCUGAUCUAGAAGGCAUGAGGUACAAACUACAGUCGGAUUUACUCAACAAGGACCAAACUAUCGAAUAUCUGCAGAGAAAACUCUAUACGAUCCAAUGUGAGAUGCGCAUGCUCUGCAAAGAAAAUUCAGUACUUAACGAAAAAAUUCAACAAGUUUGUGAACAGAAACAGCAAAGUGCUAAACCAAAAAAAAUGCCUUGUGGAAAAAAUAAGGGCACAUGCCCUGCAGAUAUUGAAGGUCGUCUAAACGAAUAUUCAGAAACUACCAAGUUUCUAGAAAAACAACUAUGUGAUAUGGAAAAUGAUGUAAAAUGCAUGCAGUCAGAGCUCACUGCCGUCCAGGCUGAACGAGAACACUUAGAACAACACAAAAAAAUUCUUGUUUGUCCUCCCAUAUAUCCCCCGUGUGUACCACCAUGUCCUCCGUGUGCCCCAUGUAUAAUGCCUUGCUCAGAUCAACAACUAAGAGAAUUAAGAGAACAGUACUGUCGACUGCAAGAUGACUUCAAAGGGAAACUGUGUGAAGUGGGAUGCCUUCGUGCUGAUAAUGAAAAACUUAAAACUACUAUAAAAGACGCAGAAGAAGCAAGGAAACUCAUGGAAGAAAAAGUCAAAGAUCUAGAGCGGCAACUGAAAUCACUCAAACUUGACAGCAAUAAAUUUCAAGGAUCGAAGGAGCACAUGAUCGAACAAGAGCAACAGUUAUUAGUAGCAAAACAAAGAUUCAGAGAAGCUCAAGAUGAGCUGGAAGAACUUAGAUCGUUCAUUCAAGAUCAGCAACAACAACUGGACGAUUAUCGAAACAAGUAUUUAGAAGCACAACAAGAAGUCGAAGAACAAAAAAGGCAAAUCGACAUGUUAGAAAUGGACGCCAACAGAGUUAACGAACAAGUUAAUUUAGAAAUACAAAGAGUUAAAAAUCAAUUUCAAGAGAAGCUACAAGAACUUUUGCCUCUUCCAGAUUUGUUAAAAUCUACUCAACUAAAGUUACAAGAAGUACAACAAAUGCAUUUAUUAGCGGAACGUAACAACGAUUCUCUAAAUCGAGAACUUCAACUAUAUAAAGACAAAAUUGCUGAAAUUACCGAGCAAAUGGAUAAAGUCAGCAGUGACAACCAGCUGGGACAGAGCGAAAAACAAUCAAUGGCAGCCCGUGUACAAGAACUUGAGAAUAAAGUGAACGAACUAGAGGAAGAAAAUGCCAACAUACAGAAUGAACUGCAGAAAACUGACGAGCUUCUCCAAGACACCGACAGAGACGUUCAAUCAAAACUACAUGAAAUAGCCCAACUCUCAGCGCAGCUGGAAUCCGUACGAGAAGAAUCUGCACGGCAGGUGGCAAGAAAUAAAGAACGUUGCGAAACAGUACGGAGAUCUAUGCAAAAUCAGGUCUCCGAUUUAGAAAGACAAUUAGCCCAAAGUAGAGCACAAGCGAGAGCUGCGCAGAAGGACCGAGAUGAAAUCCGACAAAAAAUGCAGUCACAGAUUAAUAAUCUUCAUGAGAACUUUGAAGACGCGCAGAUGCGGAUCAGAAAUCUUCAAGGUCAUGUUAACUUCCUUAAGGAGUCAUAUCACUCGACUGUUCCUGGAAUGGGGGAUACCGAUUCCGCUUCUGACCAUCAACAAGAUCCAUGCGUGUGUGGUCGUGACUUUUAGAAAAACUGUAAUGUAUCAAGCAGCUUGGAAAUAAAUUACCUGGAAUUUA